UAUAAAUAUGAGGAGAAAUAAAGUUUAGUCUUAGUUAGAAACAAGAAAAAGAAAAUGGGAGAGGAAUUUGUGAGUGACAAAGAAAUGAAAUGCCUUUCACUUCUUCCUCGCUGGUAUUCAGAUGUGAGCUCUAUGUGGCCUGGAGAAAUGAUCUCACAUAAGAUAGAAAAGAUGUUAUUCAAGGGGAAAUCAAAGUACCAGGAUAUUAUGCUCUUUCAGUCAUCAACUUAUGGAAAAGUUAUAGUUUUGGAUGAGAUAAUUCAACAUACAGAGAGGGGUGUAUGUGCUUAUGUUGAAAUGAUUGUCCAUCUCCCACUUGCUUCUAUUCCUAACCCAAAGAAGGUUCUGAUUAUUGGAGGAGGAAUGGGUUUUAUUUUGAGGGAAGUCUUACGUUAUUCAUCUGUUGAGAAAGUUGACUUGGUCGAGAUUGAUGAGAUGGUUAUUGAUGUUUCAAGGAAAUAUCUUCCUGAAAUAGCUAAGGGAUACGAGGAUCCACGUGCAACACUUUAUAUAGAAGAAGGAAAUGCAUUUGUGAAGAAUGCUGCUCCGGGAACAUAUGAUGCCAUUAUAGUAGAUUGUUCUGAUCUUUAUGGACCAUCACAAUUUUUCUUUGAAAAGCCCUUCUUUGAAGCAGUUUCAAAAGCCUUAAGGCCAGGAGGAGUUUAUAUAACUCAAGGUGAAAGUGCAUGGAUUUUCUUGGAUGUUAUCAAAAAACUUGUUGAGGAUUGCAACAAAUUCUUCAAAGGCUCUGUCAACUAUGCAUGGACUAAUGUUCCUUCCUUCCCAAGUGGGGCUAUUGGUUUUGUUAUUUGCUCUACUGAAAGGCCUCCAGUUGAUUUCAUAAAUCCUAUAAACAAAGUUGAUGUAGAUAUCAUCUCUACAAAUUCUGAAUCACCUUUGAAGUACUAUAACUCAAAGGUUCAUGCUGCUGCUUUUGCUUUGCCAACUUUUGCUGAAAAUGUGCUUUGCCCUAAAAAGUGAUUCUUGUUGGAAGAUGUACGAAUUUCAAGUAUCUAUUUGAUGUUUAAAUAAAAUUG